AUGGAGAAGAUUAGUACCAGUGGCUGCAAAGUAUGCGUUACGGGAGGUGCAGGCUAUGUUGGAUCAUGGCUUGUCAAGAAGCUUUUAGACAAAGGAUACACCGUUCAUGCAACUCUAAGGAACUUGGAUGAUCUGACUAAGGUAAGCCUUUUGAAGAGCUUUCCUGGCUCGGAGACAAGAUUAGUGUUGUUCAAAGCCGACAUGUUCAGACCGGAAGAGUUUGAGAACGCGAUUCGAGGUUGUCAGUUCGUCUUCCAUGUCGCCACUCCCUUUGAGAAAACUCCUGGAUCUCAGUACAAGAGCACAAGUGAUGCUGCCGUGGCCAGCGUGAAUAGCAUAGCAAUAGCGUGUAAAAGAUCAGGAACCGUGAAGCGCUUGGUGUUUACGGCAUCUGUGUUUGCUUCGUCUCCGCUGAAAGAUGACGGAAGUGGUUUCAAGGACUUUGUGGACGAAACGUGUUGGUCUCCUUCAAAUCUUUCUAUUCCUUAUGGUAGUGAUUUUUUAAAGGCCUAUCAAGAUUCAAAGAUACAAGCAGAGAAGGAAAUGUUGAGGUUUGGAAAAGAAAAUGAAGACGAAUUGGAGGUUGUAUCCCUUACAUGUGGUCUUGUUGGAGGUGAUACACUUCUAUCCUACACGCCCGGCUCUGUGGCGGUGACAAUUUCUCAGCUCACAAACAACGCAGCACAUUACAGUUCAAUAACGUAUUUGGAGGAGUUGAUGGGAAAAGUGCCAUUAAUACACAUUGAUGAUGUCUGCGAAGCCCAUAUUUUCUGCAUGGAGAAUCCAUCCGUCCAAGGAAGAAUCUUAUGUGCAAGCUCGUUUGUCGCGUCUGCAGAAAUUGCUAGCUACUUUCAACAGAAUUAUCCUCAGUUUCACGUCAAGCAAGAGUACUUGGAUGGGCCGAAGAGACAGAUAAAGUGGGCUUCCUCAAAGCUAACUGAGAAGGGUUUUGUUUACAAAUAUGAUAUGAAGACAGUAUUGGAUGAUUGCGUUAGUUGUGCCAAGAGAAUGGGUGAUCUCCAAGAAUAAAUCUCCUAUUUCUAGCCUCAUUAUUUUUGUCACUCUUUAUU